UGGAAGGGAAGCUCUGUACCCACAGUUUUGCAAACAGUAGCACCCACUGUUGAAAGGAAAACUCAGAGGAGACAAUCUCAGAGGAAAGUGGCCAUGGACCUGAUCCCAAGCUUUUCCACAGAGACCUGGGUUCUCCUGGCUACCAGCCUGGUGCUCCUCUAUCUAUAUGGCACCUAUAUUCAUGGACUUUUUAAUAAGCUGGGAAUUCCUGGGCCAACACCUCUGCCUUUUUUUGGAAAUGUUCUGAGCUACCAUAAGGGUACUUGGGAUUUUGACAAGAAAUGUUUUAAAAAAUAUGGAAAAAUGUGGGGGGUUUAUGAUGGUAGACAACCUGUGUUGGCUAUCACAGAUCCAGACAUGAUCAAAACAGUACUAGUGAAAGAAUGUUAUUCUGUCUUCACAAACCGGAGGCCUUUUGGUCCAGUGGGAUUUAUGAAAAAUGCCAUCGCUCUGUCUACAGAUGAACAAUGGAAGAGAAUACGAACAUUGCUGUCUCCAACCUUCACCAGUGGAAAGCUCAAGGAGAUGUUCCCCAUCAUUGGCCAGUGUGGAGAUGUGUUGGUGAGAAACCUGAAGAAGGCAGCGGAGAAAGGCAAGCUCAUCACCUUGAAAGACAUCUUUGGGGCCUACGGCAUGGAUGUGAUUACUAGCACAUCAUUUGGAGUGAACAUCGAUUCCCUCAACAACCCACAAGAUCCCUUUGUGCAAAACAGCAGGAAGCUCAUAAGACUUGAUUUCCUGGAUCCACUCAUUCUCUCAACAAUACUCUUUCCAUUUCUUCACCCAGUUUUUGAAGUAUUAAAUAUCUCUAUGUUUCCAAAAAGUCGUAUGGAUUUUUUUGUAAAAUCUGUAAAAAAGAUGAAAGAAAGUCGCCUCAAAGAUAAAGAAAAGCAGCGAGUGGAUUUUCUUCAGCUGAUGAUUAACUCCCAGAAUUCCAAAGAACUGGACACACAUAAAGCUCUGUCUGAUCUGGAGCUUGUGGCCCAAUCUAUUAUCUUUAUUGUUGCUGGAUAUGAGACCACUAGCACUUCUCUUUCCUUCCUUAUGUAUCUUUUGGCCACUCACCCUGAUGUCCAGCAGAAGCUGCAGGAGGAGAUUGAUGUGACUUUCCCAAUACGGUGAGAACCUCCCACCUAUGAUGCUCUGGUACAGAUGGAGUAUCUUGACAUGGUGUUGAAUGAAAGUCUCAGAUUAUUCCCAAUUGCUGUCAGACUACAGAGGGUCUGUAAGAAAGAUGUGGAAAUCCAUGGGGUGUUCAUUCCCAAAGGGACAGUGGUGAUGGUGCCCACAUUUGCUCUUCACCGAGCCUCGGAGUUCUGGCCAGAGCCUGAGGAGUUCCGUCCUGAAAGGUUCAGUAAGAAGAACAAGGACAACAUAAAUCCUUAUUUAUACCUGCCUUUUGGAACUGGACCUCGCAACUGCAUUGGCAUGAGGUUUGCUAUCCUAAACAUGAAACUUGCUGUCGUCAGAAUACUGCAGAACUUCUCCUUCCAACCUUGUAAAGAAACACAGAUCCCCCUGAAACUAAGCAGGCAAGGACUUCUUCAACCAAAAAACCCCAUUGUUCUAAAGGUUGAGUCCAGAGAUGGGACUGUGAGUGGAGCCUGACUCUCCCUA